UGCAGAUGUUAAGUAAUGUGUUUCUGCUUGGUGGGAGUCUUGCAAAAAAAAUCGACCAUACACAUAGAAGUCUAUAUUCAACAACAAAUUGCAAAGGUAGACAUUUCAGUUUAGUCUACAAAAUAGGCUUUUUGUUAAUAAUAAGUAAUAGCUAUACAGGAAAAACAUUAACAUUAACUGCAAUGUCAUCGAGCAAUUCAACUGCUGGUGUUCCUAAAUGGGAAUAUCGUGCUCGUUUUCUGCUGUGUUUUCUGGGGUUAGUUCUUUCGAUUUAUGCGCUGCACGUCGAGCUGUCCCGGGAGAGAAAUCCCGAGUACCGCGCGAUGUGCGACCUGGGCGACUCUGUUAGUUGCUCAAAGGUCUUCACCUCCAGAUGGGGACGUGGAUUUGGGCUCGUGCAGAUCUUCACUUCCAAAGACAGUGUUUUAAACCAGCCGAACAGUGUGUUGGGAAUAAUUUUCUAUACACUGCAACUGGGUUUGGGUCAGCUAGUGUCCAGUAGAGCAGCAUUCUUCCUUGUUAUGUCAUCUUGGGUGUCAGUGGCUGGCUCUUUGUAUCUGGCUGCUAUUCUUGCAUUCGUAUUGGGUGAUUUCUGUAUGGUGUGUGUAUCGACCUACAUCGUAAACUUUGCACUCCUCUACACCAACCUAAAGAGGAGGACAGGAUUGGAGGGACAGGUGAAGAUAGAAAAGAAUGAAUAAAGAUCAGUAUGUGUUUGCUUGAGUCACAGUGCCACAGUGUUACACUUUUAGGUGAAAUCAACCUAAAAAUGCCUCUGCAUUUUAUGUUGGGAUAUGAAAAAGAACUUUAAUAUAAAUAAAAUUACACACAUCAGCUUUAAGAAGUGAACAAACUACUUCUUCACUGAAGUUAUGAUACAGUUACCACACAGCACGUUGUAUGGCGUUGAUAAUCAUGCCCUUUGUUUUUAAUUUUAUUUCCAGAUUGUUACGUGUACAUCACAAGUAAAAUGUGAAACUGAUUUCUGAUCAAAAUGUUUUUACAGCUGUAUGUGUUUAAUAAAGGAAGGUUAUCCUUUAAAUCCUG